AAAAAAAUUCCUCCAAUUCAUUAUAUUCCCAUAAAAAGAAACAAAAAAAAAGAGAGAGAAAAUUAUGGAAAUUUACUGCGUCUGUUCAUCUACUACUUCUACAACAACUACUACUACCUCCUGUUUGAUCACUGAAUUCCGUCAAAGAAAAUGGAGCUUCUGAUCCGCAAGUUCAGGCUUCGUCUCCUCUCAUGGCUUCACGGAUCUCGUCGCGGUCAAAUAUCAUUUAUCAAGCGCUUCUCUUACAAGGACAUAAAGAGGGCAACAGAUGGUUUUCACCAGAUUGUUUAUAGCAACUCUCAUGGAGCUGCUUACAAGGCCAGAUUUGAAGAUGGUGGAGUUGCAUUGGUAAAAGAAAGUGGAGAUUUGAAUCAAGAAAAAGAAGCGUUCUUUAAGGAAGUGCAGCUAUUGGGGCGCUUGCAUCAUCGCCACCUCCUGGCUCUCCGGGGUUUUUCUACUGGACGUAAGAGAUUGCUGGUUUUUGAUAAUAUAGAAAAUGGUAGCUUGAAGGAGCACCUUAAUGACCCCCUUAGGACUCCCUUGAAUUGGAGGACAAGGCUACAAAUUGCUGUGGGAGUUGUGGCUGCAUUGGAAUAUUUGCUUCUCUUCAAUGAUCCCCCAAUCUAUCACGUCUCCAUCAGUUCAAGUAACAUCAUGCUAGAUGAGAACUUUAACGCGAAGCUCUCUGAUAUCGGCCUCAUAACGUCUGUUGGAGACUAUGUCACAGUGCCUCAUACCUCUUGUUCAAAAGAUUGUAUGGGCCAGGAAUGUGGUAACAUUAUAUACCAACUCGGUGUGCUGAUCUUGGAACUCAUCACUGGUCAGUCAUCAGAGAAGGGAGGUGCUGAUCUAGUCCAAUGGAUUCAGGAGUCUCGAUUCAGAAGUUCCAUGCACAAUAUGAUAGAUCCUGAUCUGGGUAACACGUAUGAUUCUAGAGAGCUUAGAAGUCUCCUGGCUAUAGCUAAACUAUGUAUAGGAUCUGGAGACAAGCCAACUUUUUCAGUUCUUCAAGUAUUUCGGUAUUUCCAAAAGAAGGUAGACAUUCCACAGUGAAUAGUUGUUUUCGCUUUCAGAAACAGAAUUAGGAAUUUUUAGUCAUUUUUGUAGUUCAUUCAAAUUUAUUGAUUGAUUCGUAAAGUGUAAGUCGUUUUCACUAGAAGAC